GAGGUGGGGGAAGGUGGGCAGGGACCUGGCAGCGCUGUCACGCCUGUCACGGGAGGCAAGCUCAGGAUGCAGACGUUCCGCGGAGGGGCUGCCGGGGCCCCCUCUCGUGCGCACGGGGGGCGGAGCCUCCCGGCUGCUUCCGGAGCGCGCGCCCCUCCUCCUGGCCCUCAGUGGUCUCUUUUUGAACUCAGACUUGUUUAGUGGAGGGGUUUGGGGGGGACAUUGUGAGGCCCCCAAAGCCGAAUGUCGCAUAUUAGGUGCGCCGUCCAUCCAGGUGCCCCCCCCUUUCUCCAUGGGCCCCAACGAGGCCCUCUCGCUUGGCUUGUGGCCCCCCACCCCACUCGGCAGGUGUCAGCCCCCGAGGUCGUCUCCUGGUACCCCAAAUAGAUCUCAAAGCUUCAGUCGUCAGUUUCCUGGGGGGGAAUGGUAGCUUGGUGGUUGUGGGAGAAGCUGAAGUUCCUAGGAGCCCAGAGAGGGCUGUCAGUAAAGAUGAAAACAGUUAAGAAUCUUGCUCAGAAAACCACCUCUUGCAUAAGAUAAUGGUGCUUGAAAACGCUGAACUUUGCUUUCCUUGUGGAUGUAAAAAUCAACAAAAAGAUGUUUGAUUUGAACGAACAAGCCGAUGGAGCCUCGGCUGCCUCGGGAAAAGGUGAAGAUAGGAAAGUCAAGGAAGGUUCUUUGAGGCAGCAGAGCAGCAGCGUACAGGAACCUGAGCCGGCCGGGCCUGGGCCAUCUGUUAUGCAGAACCGACAAGGCUAUUGCAGCUGCUGCCACGUACACUACAGUAACCUUGAACAGCAUUUGUACAGUUCCCAGCAUAGGCUGUUUGCCACGUACUGUCGGAAUCGUUUGGGCACCGGUAGUCUGAUGGAACGUUUUCUGCAAGAUGUUCUGCGACAUCAUCCUUCUCGAUACCACGACAACAGACCAACCUACGAUGACAUCCCGCUGCCCAGCUCCUUGCUUCUUCCCAGGGAUGAAUCUAUUCUUUCAGUGGAAGCCUUGGAGAAAGAGAGAUCGGCAGGCCGAGGGGAAGAACCCAGCACUGACAGCGGAUUCACUGCCGAGUCAGGCUGCCUUAUUUCCCAGCGAUCGCAGGAGGAAUCAAAGGAGGCUUUGAUGCCAGCGACAUCUAUUCAAAAGUUAGCAAGGGGCCAUAAGCACAGUCUAGGAACUUCACAGCACACUACAAAACCCCCUCUUAAGGCAGAAUGUGUCCACAUGGAAGGUAGUAGCCAUAAAGCUCCAUUUACAGCUGUGAACCUCUCGCCUCAUUCAUUUCCCAUCAGCCACUUCCCACCCACUCCUCCUGUGACUGCAAAAAACAUUAGAUGCUCCUUAAUACCAGAUUUAGCUUCUAAGAGCAGGUAUGAUCAAACUAAGCAGGGACUAUGCAAUCAGGAAGGAUUACUGAAUUCUAACUCUAGUCCCGUUUUGUGGUCAGCCCAGUCAAGAACUGUUUCGCACGAGAGUCCCAUCUGUAGCCAAGGUAACUCUUUAAUCUCAGGUCAGCUUUUGAAACCAGACAGCUCCCAACCUCAGGACGCAACUCAGAUCGCCAACUUCUGUCUCAGGGACACUCGCAACCCUGUGGGUAAAAGCGGCUCGUUGACUUUCAGAGCCGCUCCUCAGUUAGCGGGGAAAAAAGGAAGCAGGUUGAGCCGAAGGGACGAAACUUCUGUGGAUGAAAUCAUUGAGGAAGUCAUUUUGAAAUACUGCUACGAAACUCUCCCCAAGGAGCUGCCGUGGAAAGAUGACGAGAAUUAUUCCUGUGCAAACAUCUUGUCUCUUCUGGACCACGACAGCCUUCAUAAUUCAGACAUGAGCUUUGAUUGUGAUGCAGCCGUCCAGUCCGAAGCAACUCCACCCAAAGCGGCCAUGAAAAACCUGGAGCUUCUUAAGGAGGUUCAGGUACAUCUGCAGGACAAGAGUUACGGCACCCAGCUCAGUUGUGUUCUCCAAAACAACUCUGUGCAGCAAGCCGUAGAAGUGGAAGAGGAUGUGUCAAGUAAGGAGCCAGUACUUCCAGACCUCCCCCACGUGCCUCCUUCCUUUGUCGGAAAGACAUGGUCCCAGAUCAUGCAUGAAGACGACAUGAAAAUAGAAGCCCUCGUACGGGAUUUCCGGGAAGGUCGCUUCCGAUGUCACUUUGAUACCGAAUCCCUGGCUAACUGUGCAAGGAGGAGAGCAAGAAAGAAAAAGCGGGAAGCCGGGAGGAGGAGCAACACAAGCACGCCCCAGAAAACAGAAACCGAAACAGCUCAAGGGCUGCCAGAAUUUAAUGGAGAGUUAACCGCUGGCUCUGACUUCAGCAACUCCUCUGUAAUUUCAGAAACACAACAAAUCCUGGAAACAAGGAGGCCCCAGAAAAGAACAUGGCGUCUUGCCUCAAGAUGCCAAGUGGUCAAAGUUAGCCACGGCACUCAAACUAGCUUGGUGCACUAUCCCAUAGUGAAACAAAAAAUCAUUCGGAGGGGGCAGAAUCCACCAGAUCCAAAAGCGAACUUUGUUUGGUCGGAGAAUGAGAAGACGCCGAACAUGAAAACGAGACUGUGCGCUCUCAAGCUUCCCGAGUCAUACACCAAAAUUAUGAGUCCUCUGCAGCCCCAGACUGUGGUUUAUGUUCUUUCUUGUCCAGAGGUGAAACCGCUCAAGAGCAAAGUUGUAGAUGCCCCCAAAACGAGGAGAAGUCAUCAUUCCACUGAUAGUAAGGAAUCUGUGAGAUACAAGUACAAACAGUGUUCCAUUAAAUAUUAUGACCCGUUGACUAAUCGAGUCUUAAAAACACCACCCAGAAGCAUAGCUGGGGAAAAGUCAAAGAAACCUCCGCAUGUUCGGCAGCUAUUUAGGAGUCUCAGCCUCGAUGCCAACAGGAAGAAGAAAGCUGAUGUCCAGCAGGAAUGUGUUCCAUCCAAGUCAUUCCAUUUACUAGAUUUCCACAAUUCAUCAGCAUCUUUCACCCCAGAUCCAGUUAAAGAGAAUGAUAUGAAUUCAGGGCAAAGGGCAGACACGUCUUUCAUUUCCGCAGAAAAAUCUGAGUGUUUGGUGUGUAGUAACUCGGAGAAAUCCUAUAAACACUUAAUCCUUUCACCACUGAACUCUCACCGAACACAGCGGGACGAUGACUUCAAGCCAACCUCCUUGAAAAGAAAGGAAGUCAAUUCUCCCUUGAAAUCAUUGGUGGUUGACUGUUUGGAAAGAGGCAAUCCAAAGACAGCAUGGCGGAGAAGGAAGGGCGCUAGUCGGGAAUCGGGGUUUUCCAAAAAAACGUUGGGGUCUGUUUUUGUCAGGCACAGUCUUGUAAGGCGGAGCAGCAGGAAGCAGCCGUCCAGGACUCCAACCCAACCAAGCAAGGGGAAAAGAAAGAUUUCUUCUUCCGCCCUGAAGACGUCUCCCUCGCCAGUUUCCGAGCACCAAAUGAAGAAAACUACUGUAGGCAAGCACCUUAAGAAAGAAAAACCUGACGCUAAAAAGCUAAAGGUGGCGAGGAAGCCGAAAAGGACGUUUUUGAACACUGCCGCUAUCAUGGGUGUUCCUGACAAGAGGCAGAGACCUGCUACGAGGACAUCUUUGAAAAUUAAAAAAUGGGAGGUGAAUGGAGACCGGGGUCUCCACUGCACUGUGAAGUGACUGGAGUCUGUCUUGCUCUAGUAAGAGACAGCAAGAUAAUAAAAACAGUUUUUUUAAAACCACGGAAAGGCUGGAGAAGAAAGGCGGUUGCGGGGGUGGUGGUUGUGAGGGUGUUUAAAAACCUUUUGAUACACCAGUGCUGGACACGGAAUGAAUUCAGGUCGUCCCCUUAAACGAAUACACACAGUUUGCGUUCCUGCACAUUGCACUGUUGAGCUGAUAGUUGCAAAACGUGUCUUUUUGUUGAAAGGCCCAGUUUAGGAGGUUUUCAUGUAUCUUUGGCACGUCCGAGACCUGUUGAAUUUGAUCUGUGUGUUGUUCCACUCCACUAAAAUGUUUUGCGUUACGCUGCAAUAGUAGACGUAGUUGCCUUGUAUGUGAGACUCCAGACCCAUCGUACAAAAAAAAAAAAUCUCACUCAUGGUGGCCUGGGUUUGAAGAUGACGCAGACUGAAGGCUUCUACACGUUGGAGGGGACUUGCCAAUUUCCCUCCGUCUUCAGCACUCUGGAGCCAGAUUCCACUGGGCAAAAUUAAAACAGUAUAUGAUGGGGAAAAGGGAAAUAGAUGGCUCUUUCCCCUAAACAAGCCUUGUGUUUCCUGCUUAUGCAGUGGGCUUCCGGAAUCCCAAUUAACGGUGGAGCUAGCAGUGGAAGAAUGUAAUAUAUAUUUGAAACGUGUCUCAUUUUUGACCAUCAAUAUAAUAUAUUGAAGAUCUGUCAGAUUAACAAUGCAAUUCUAAACAUGUUUACUGAAAUAAGAAGACUGAAUUCAGUGGAAUUUAAUCUAGGGUUGCCAGCAGGAAGUAGCAGCCGGCGAGAGACUCACCCGUAGGGGGUUCCUCCUCACCGUACCAACGGUGCCAGGAAUGACAUCACUUCCAGCUCAGCCCAAAGUCAUUGAACGGCUGGUGACGCUGGCAUUUUGUCAAAACUCUUUUCAGUUUUGCCCAAAAGCUACAGCAUUACCAGUCGUGUGAUGACAUCACUUCCGGGUGAUGCCAGAAAUGGCAUCAUGUCACUGGCGCCCACCUGCCGUUCCCCCUAGCAGGCAGGGUUAGGAGCUUACCUGCUAAAGCAGGAGAGCAGGCACACCGCUCUAGAGCAGGUUCCAUUUCUCGUAAAGAUGUUUAGAAUUGCAACAUGAAGCUUAGGUAGCUUUAAAGAUGUUGAGCAAAAUCUGCCGAAGGAGUAUUUCCUCCAAAAUUGUGAUCGUGUCACCUCUGCUGACGGAAACAACGUCCUUGGAGACCAACUCUGCAGAAAGAGGCUGGUACUGAAAAGAGAACCAUCGUUUUUCUAAUACUUUACGUUUUCCCUGCAACGGAAACUGAUCUGCAGCUUCUUAGUGCAGAACUGUCAGUCCAGAAUGCUGCGCCUAGCCAUUCGGAGAGGAAGAGACGAGGGCUACGUUCACAUUUACUGCAGUAAAACCUCGUGAGCCCAGUUUGUCGCUUGGCUUCAGCCUAUGUCUUGGGUUUCCCAUCUUCCUCUUUGCAUUAAAAACUAACCGUGGUUACUCAUCAUGUACAAACGCAGGUAUGUGAUUAACUGGAAUGAUCUUUACCCAGUGACUACCCGGUUGCUGCAUUUCUAUGAUAGAGUAGCUAGUUUAUACCACAGUUCUCCAUGCCGUGUGAAUAUGAGAUUGGCAAUAAGCUACAUUUAUGCUCGUUUUUCAUUUAACGGUUAUCAGCUAAGAGAUCUCAACAUAGUCCAAAUAAAUCCCAUCAGAAUAUAAUUGUGAAAGUAUUUGAAAAUCAACCCGAUAAGCAGAGAGUUCUGAAAGAGAGCAGUUUACCUUGGAAUAGAUCCCGAUUUAAAAGAGGAUGUCCUAAGAGUACGUUCUGACUCUUAGAAAACGUAUUUCAGUGCAGAAUCUCCGUUAGCCUCAUCUCCCAUGAGACAAAAGCUAAUAUGGAUGUUUUUAAAAUGUGCCAUUUAAAAAACUUACAUAUGGUCCAUUUGAUUUGGAACACUCCCUGCAUUCUAGGAAAUGGCCUUCCAACUCGACGUUGGCAUAAGUUUGAAUGUUUGUACUGCAUCACUGGCCGUUGGAAUAUUACUUCAUCUGAGCAGUAGUAGCCCAUUGAUUAUUAGUGCCUCAUUUGAUAUUCUGUCUAGUACAGAAGUGGUUUUUAAAACAGAAGUUCUUAAACAGAUAGUUUUUUUACAACGAAGUUACUUUAUAAAUAGCGCUAUAACACGAGGGUUCUUUGUAAACAAGUUUAUUUUAAAGCAAACUUUACUGACCAAUUUCAAAAUUAGGCUAUUUUUAUGGAUAAAAGAGUGUCCUUUCUACUUAACUUUUACAAUUUUUUUUAAUUGUGUAGAAAUGCGGGUACACAAAUUCAUAUUGUUUUAAAAAUGCUAGGAAGGUUUUGGUUAAGUAUAUUUGUUCGGGGCAAUUGAUAAGCUAUUUUACAAAUCCAGUACUGUUCUUCCGCGUUUGCAUUUUCCUUCACAUCCUGCUUAGAACUCUUUUGUAUAUUUGCAUGAGCAUCUUUAUGUAAAUAGUUGCCCUCAGAGUGUUUUUUUAAAAAAAGGAAAAUGGCUAUAUUUAAAGAAUUUCAGUAAUUAUAUAUUUUCUUUCAAAGCAGAAUGGAGACUAACAUCUUAUUUUUUUGUAAAGGUAAAGGGCUUACAGUUUUAAGUCUCAAAAAGCUGUAGUCGUUACAAGCGUUUAAGGAGUCCGCUGUCGGUUUUUUACUCAUGUAUAUUCCUUCCUCAAGACUGUUAAAAUACCUUUUUCUGUGUCUGCUUGCUAAACAAAGUUCGGGAGACUCACAACGUUUCGGUUGUCCCUCUGUUUUGUUGCGUCAAAUUGUGUGUGCGUGAUGUUUAUUUAUUUAUUAUUACCCAACCUAAGCCUGGCGUGGGGUAAACUGGAACAGUUUAAUAAAUAGGCCAGGAUCCAAAGAAGGCUGCGUGUGCAUCCAAACCCUUUUGCAUAUCACUGGGGAAUAUGUUUUGGCUUUUCCAGAUAAGGCCCUGCCGGAUUUUCAGUCUCAGUUCUUGACAACUGUUAAGUUUUGACCUAGGUUGGCCACCCCUGACCUAGGUUUUAGCUGCUUUCACAGGAAGAAAGGAGUAAAGAAUUAAGGGAGCAGGCUAGAAUUAAGGGAGCAGGGAGUCUAAGCUAGAGAACCUAUGUUGUUUAUUCUGCCACCCAUCCUGUCUACCAGACCCCAGCCCUGAGACACCAGGUAGAGCCAGAAUCUUUCUCCAACUUGCCAGCCGCUAUUCUUUGCCCAGCUUCACUCCAUUGAUUUUUCCUACAACCACGCACCUUGAAGCGCAGGUUCCUGAGCUUUGGGAGUUUACUUCUGACUGCAGCUACCUCCUGCUUCAUUGAAAAAGGUUCUGUAGGUGGCUCCCAACCUUGGGGACUAACUUUCAGGAAGCUUGUGGAAAGAAAGGGAGGGGUGACUCAGGAGUUGUACAGUGCAAUCCUAAAAUGGUUUACACGGGAGUAAAUUUCACUGAACUAAACGAGAGAGGGCUUACUCCCUAAUCAAGUGUAUAGCAUUUUGGCCUUGUUGUGCAUGUAGAAGCUCUUAAUUCAGCCCUUGUUUCCUGUCCGUAAAUAUUUUUUAAAAAAAUUAGGAAGGACAAUAGAUUUGCCAAAGAAAUGUGUAUAUAUAAUUGACGUUUCAUAAAACCUGGAUGGGAAUUAUGCUGGAUUAAUGCUUUAAAACAAGUUGAAGGGGGCACACAAAAGGCCUCCUAUCCCAUCUAAAAUUAUACGAUUUGUUGGCUCUGAGACUACUCUCACUGAAAUGGCCUUCCAGAUUUUUUUUACAUGCCAUGUAUUAUUUAAUAGGACAGAAUCUUGUCCAGUGGUGUAUUCAAUUCAUGCAGAAAGCAUUGAAAGUGUUAUCCCAUUUCCCACGUAGGCUGGCAAAACGCAGGAGCAGUGUGAAGCCACAGGAAUAACAGAAGUCAGAUUUCUAAAUAAAUGCAGUCAACGUGAUAGACUGCAAAACAUUCAACAUCUGUGUUAGUAAUAGGAUAAUUCUUGCUAACUUCUAGGGCAGGGGGACAAGGAGGGAGUUAUCCCAAGAGUUUCUUUUGCAGUAGAUUUUAUAUUUUAUUAAUCUCUCUAGUCAUCCUUCCCUCCCUCUUUUCUGGUUUUCAUUACCAAAUAUUGGGACAGAUCCCGAAAAGUAGCACUGUUUUGCCUGACGCAAGAGGCAGGCGAUUUCCAUCCAUUUCCCUUCUCUAGAACACCUCAAAGCAUCAUAGCUCUUGGUUUUUGUGGGUCCCAAGAGCUUUAGGAGCAGAUGGGGAAAACACAAGAAGCUAGUUGGAAGAGGGUAGCAGUCUGUUAUGUGGAUUCUGCUGGCUCACUAAUGCCAGCAAUCACUGGAGCUACGAUUUUAAGUGUGGUGUUGAUUCCCCGUUGACUUAAACUCAGAAGCAAACAACAUUUUAAGAGCAGUUUAGGCCCAUGGUGUUUACAGGGCAAGCGUGUCUGACCGGCUAGAUUUCAGCACAAUGAAUACAGAUUGGGGAGCCAUAUACCGUAUCUCCUCUGGAACUCCUAUUCUUUUUAUAACCAGUUUUGUAGAAGUGUCAACUGGAAAUGAAGUGUGUUGCUUUUACAACCCACUCGCUUAGAAAGGUGUAACCCUGCUUGGCUUUGCGGUGCUGAUGUCUUCAAAAUUCAGCGUCAUCUGUGUCAAAUGGGAAUGUGUUUUGGGAUAAGGAUUCAAGUCAACGAAUAUACUCCCUUGAUCACCACUAAAAACUCCACCAGUGUUUGGUAAACUUGACAGUUUUUGGAUCCAAAUCAGCAAUCAGCAGACUAGUGUCUAUAUAUUUUCACACUUUAAUUCAUAAUUGGAACUUUGCAAGCAAAAAUUUACUUUUCUCUAUUCUUUUCCCCCCUUUUUGCAUAUUCGGCACAUGAUGAGUGCUGUGUUUCCACUGUUACAAAAUCUGGGACUGUUGGAAGAAUGGCUCGUUCAAAAUCAUAAGGCUUGCGAUUACAAAACUGUAAAAGUAAGCUGGAUUGGAAAAGUACUUAAAGGUGCAUCGACCUGAAAAGUUGGUCUGUUGGAAAUCAUACUGUGUCAAAUCACACAACUUUCUACAGCAAAAUAGGCAAGCAUAUGCAGAAUUAAAUAUUUAAAACUUCUCCUGCCUUGUAAUAUUUUUUACUGCUAUUUGUUGGUUCUUUCAGCAAAAAUAUGGAGGGAAAAACCCACACUGUUUCUUUUCAUAAAAUAAAGAUUGGAUUUAGUA